GCCGAGCAAUGAGAUGACGGGCCCCCCGCUAAAAACCCCGUUGGCCACGGCCGCUGUUUGGGGCCGCCUAGUUUGAGGUCCACCUCUGAGGCACCGCGCCGCCCGGUACACUGCGGCACGGAGAGAGGGACACAGAGACAGACGGACGGACGGAGGAGCUCCCUGCACGCUUCAAAACGAAACAAAGUCGGGCGCAGAACACAAAAACGAUUUCAAGCUCAAUUUCAACAUUUCUCGCAAUCUACAAAAAGCUCGACUCAGCCCCUUUUCCGUAGAUAGUUACACCGCACUACCGCUCAACCAUCCGCAUCCGCACUCGCGCCCCCCGCCCCUACAAAAUACACACAUCAGGCCGAGAACAUGGACUCGCCGUUCGCGCACGAGCUGCGCGUCGCCUUCGCAGCGCUCGAGCGAGCCGCCAAGAUCAGCCAGGCCGUCAUGGCGCGCUCCGACAAGGGCACCGUGAGCAAGGAGGACCUGAGCCCCGUGACCGUGGCCGACUUUGCCGUGCAGGCGCUGCUGACGGCGACGUUCCACGACGCGUUCCCGGGGGACGGCUUCGUGGGCGAGGAGUCGUCGGCCAAGCUGAGAGAGAGCCCGGCGCUGCUGCAGUGUGUGUGGGAUGUGCUCGUCGAGACCGCCGGAGCGGCUUCUUCGUCGUCGCCGUGCGCAAUCCCCAAGUCUAAGGAGCAUAUGUGCGACAUGAUCGACUGGUGCUGUGCCAGCAGCCGGCGGACCUGGGUGUUCGACCCCAUUGACGGGACGGCCAACUUUGUGUGCGGCGAGCUGUACGCCAUCAACAUCGCCUUACUCAAGGACUACUCCCCGCACGGCCCAGGCGGGAAGCAGGUCCAGGUGCUCGGGGUCGUCGCGUGUCCGAACCUGGCGGUCGGCACGCAGGCGCCCGUGACGAACAGCUCCGUCGACCCAGAUGGGGCUGGUUGCAUCGUCUUCGCCGCGCGGGGGCACGGGACAUAUGUGCGGAGCCUGUUCCCGAGACAGGGCGACGGGUCGGAGCCUGCGAUACAGAGGGUCCCGUUGAUAGCACAGACAGAAGUGGUGGAUAAGGCGGUCAGCGAGUUGAGGCUGAUGUCCUGCUCCAAGACGGUGGCGUCGUCGUCGGGGCUGGAUGAGGUCCACGACGCGGCGAUGGCACGGCUGGGCCUCUCGGCGCGGCGCCCCGCCGACAGCGACGUCUACCCGUGGGUGGUACAAUACGUCGUGCUUGGGCUGGGGCUCGCCGAUGUCAUGUUCUGGGCGUAUGCGGACCGCAAGCAGCUGGCAAAGAUCUGGGACCACGCCGGUGCCAUGCUCCUGUACGAGGAGAUCGGGGGCAAGAUCACCGACUUUGACGGACUGGAAAUCAACCUGACAGAGGUGGGCGGGAGAACGCUGGCGACAAACUACGGCAUAGUAGCUGCGCCGCGACACUUGCACCACCAAGUGCUCCAGGCCGUACAGGAUGCAAUGAGGGAGAAGCGGCCCGACUUGGUGAUGGACUGA